AUGCGUUCAGAGGUCGUCAGGAGAUUUCAGAUGCUGCUCGUGCUUUGCUCCAUCAGUUUGGGAACAGGGUUUCCAACAAAAAGCAGGAAUUUUGCUCAUAAAAUUUAUGGCCAGCCAGUUCAUAAUGGUGGAGUCCAACCUGAUGCUGAGGCUUCAGAGCAGCAGAACCAGGUUCAGAGCCUUCUGCCUGAGCCGCACAGCCAGCAGAGGAGGUGGUCUCACCCCCAACAACGCUCCGUUGGUGUUCUUCCACAGCCUGAGCCAGAGGAGGAGACCAAACCCUUCAUCUUCGACUUCAACAACUUUCCAGACCUGGCCAACGCGGACAUGAACUCACAGAACCCCAACAUACAGGUAACCAUAGAGGUGGUUGAUGACCCUCAGAUGGAGGUAGAGAUGGACUUGGCCAACGAAAAAGACUGGCUACCACCUUCAUCCCCGUCGUCCACAGUGGACCGUCUCGGUGAAAAGAAGAUUUUCUGGCCGCUCUUUUGGAGUUACACCGACACUGAUUCUAGUGAGGGCAGCAACAGUCGAUCAGCCAUGGAGGAAACCACUGAAGAAGAAGAAGAAGAAGAUUACUCCCUGGAUUACGGUAGUGAAGAGCCCUUACCAAGUGGUGUGGGCAGAGACUGGGAUACCCAUUGGAACGAAGGUUGGGAUCCCAUACAGAGAUAUUAUGAUAAAGACACAGAUGAAUGGACUCCUUGGUCUCCAUGCUCGGUGACAUGUGGACACGGCGACAAAAAGAGGACUAAGUCCUGCGGCUACUCCUGCACCCUCACCGAAUCCUCGAAAUGUGACUUAGAGCCUUGCCCUGGUGAUGACAACACUGUAGUGGAGCCUUUUCCCUUUGAAAUGGAGAAUGGCACAGAGCCAUUUGGAACAGAUGUGGACAGCUGUGAGAAAUGGCUGAACUGCAAGAGUGAGUUCCUGCAGAGGUAUCUGCACCAGGUUUUGUCAGAGCUGCCCAGCUGCCCCUGCUCCUACCCAUCUGAAGCGGCGUACACGGUGGUCAGCCUCCAUGACGACACUCACAGCCGGUCGUUUCGCUGGCGAGACGCCAGCGGCCCCAAAGAGCGGCUGGAUAUUUACAAGCCUUCAGCGCGCAGCUGCAUUCGCUCGGCUCUUUCCGGCGACUCGUCCACUCUCGCGGCGCAGCACUGCUGCUACGACAAUUUCGGUCGGCUGAUCACGCGGGGGAAAGGCGCCGGAACGCCGAACCUGAUCAGCACCGAGUUCUCACCUGAGCUGCACUUCAAGGUGGAUGUGCUGCCUUGGAUCCUGUGCAAGGGGGACUGGAGUCGCUUUCACGCAGUGCGGCCACCCAACAACGGGCUGAGCUGCCCAGAAAACCCCCACGAAGACGUGUUUAUGAACGAACUCGAAGAGGCCCGGGAGUACUGAGCCACUUCAAGUCAGGGCUUUGUCCUGAUUUUAAAAGAGACAAUAGACUUCAUUAAGCACGUCUUUAAACCUCCACAGCUAUCGAGCAUGCAUUACAACCUCAGAGAGUAUAUUUGUGACUUUCAUGACGAUGGUACGGUCGGAUUAUUUCAG